AUGCUACGUCGCUCACUCCCCCUCCUCCAUCGUCUACACCGCUCCCUCUCCUCCUCCUCCCUCCCUCCUCUCUCACAACCACCAACACACGGCCAUCUCCCAAACACACACAGCGCACUCACCCCUUCACUUCACUUCUUCAACUCUGUCCUCCCGGGACAGAUACCCACGUACAGGGUGUUGGACUCGAAUGGUGUUAUUGUUGACGGGGCAGAGGUACCGGACGUGGGAAGGGAGUUUGCUAGACGCUUGUAUGAAACGAUGAUGCUUCUUCCUGCGGUCGAUAACGUGCUCUACAAUGCACAGCGACACGGUAGCAUCAGUUUCUACAUGACAACUCACGGCGAAGAAGCCGCCGUAGUUGGGUCCGCAGCCGCCCUCUCCCCGACAGACGAAGUCCUAGGUCAAUACCGCGAGCUCGGCGUCCUCCUCUGGCGCUCCUACCCCCUCUCAUCAAUCAUGGCCCAGUGUUUCUCCUCGAUGGACGACCCAGGCAAAGGGCGUCAAAUGCCCGUCCACUUCGGCUCUCCCGCCCACCACUUCCACACCAUCUCCUCCCCUCUCGCUACCCAGAUCCCGCAAGCUGCGGGCGUAGCCUUCGCCCUCAAGCGCGACCCUGCCCGGAAGGGGGACGUCGCCAUCUGCUAUUUUGGGGAGGGCGCUGCUUCUGAAGGAGACUUCCACGCCGGGCUGGGCAUGGCCAGUGUUCUAGGCGGACCACUCAUCUUCUUUUGCAGGAAUAACGGGUUUGCGAUCUCUACCCCGGCGGCGGAACAGUAUGCGGGGGAUGGGAUCGCUAGCCGCGGACCGGGAUAUGGGAUCAGGACCGUGAGGGUGGACGGGAAUGACGCUUGGGCGGUAUACAAUGCUGUUAAGGAAGCGCGCCGCUUGGCGCUCGAGUACCAGAAACCGGUUUUAGUGGAGGCGAUGACUUACCGCGUCGGCCACCACUCCACAUCAGACGACUCCUACGCCUACCGCCCAAAACAAGAAGUCGAAGACUGGAAACGAAUCGACAACCCCCUCUUCCGUCUGCGUCGGUACCUCGAAUCCCAGUCUCUCUGGUCCGAAUCAGACGAAUCCUCCCUGCGCACCUCCCAGCGAGAGGCAGUACUCGCUGCUUUCCGCUAUGCCGAAUCCCGCCCCAAGCCCAGGUUGGGGCAGAUGUUCACCGAUGUCUGGGGAGGGGAGGAACCGUGGAUGAUCAGAGAGGAUAGGGAGGAAAUGGGAAGGUUGUUGAACAAGUAUGGCAACGUUUGGGAGGGCUGGAGGAGGGAGUUGGAGAGGUUUGACGCGGGGGGGAGGGAUAUGAUGGGCGCUGGGGAGGAGGAGGAGGAGAAUUAGCCGCGAGGGGGGGGGGACUGUUACGGCUGCUAUGGUUUGAUGCGAGGGCGGGAUGAACGUGUGGUAUUACAGAUAUGUAGGGUGCAACAGUAUGAUGUAGAAUAUGCGGGCGAUGACACCCCUGCGAGGAACCCAGAUCCAGAAAGGACAUCCCACAAGAAAGACCGAAAGACCGAAAGAUAAAACCCAAAGCCCAAAGAAAAAGUCUACACUUCCCACUUCCUGUUUCCCACUUCUCCUUCUACGAGCGGGAUCGAACCCACAGGUUACGCUUCCCCCUCUUGCUGCUCCCCCUCCUGCUCCCCGAACGCGCUAGGCUGCCAUUCCCCACACAGCCCAUGCUCGACAUAAACGAGCCCCAUGAGCUCGCACUCGAUUUCCAUCAGCU